UGUUGAACACGGUUAGCUAACAAAAACGACUAGCGAGUGAACCGACGGUUUGUAACGUGUCCAGGCAGAAUAGAUAACCGCUUGUCUUGCCGUUGUUUGCAGUCACAUAGUUUAACGUUGAAGCUACGUGAUGCUAACCGCUCAUCAUCCUCACUAGUGUAACGCUAGUACAAUAUAAUAACUAGCUUGGUUUUUGUCAUUGUACGACCAGCUCAAUGAGGACCGUUAGCUUACUGGCUCAUUAACCUGCAGCAGCAGAAAACAGUCCAAGAGUGCAUUCAGGAUGAUGCUCCAGCAUGGGUCAACACAGCUCCUCUGCCUCACAGCCAGCAGCGGGGUCCCUCUCUUCACCAGAGGAGCCUCCAAACAGCUGCCCUUCUCUGUCAUCGGCUCCCUGAAUGGUGUCCACAUGUUCGGGGGUGGUCAGGGAGUAGUGCUGUCCUGCUGUGAGACUGAAGGUGGAGGCAAAGUGGUGUGGAGAGUGUUCCAGGACAGUGUGAUGCUCAUUGCUGUGAGUGGAGGUGCACAAGGUGGUGCAGGCAGCAGCAGCAAAGAGGAGGAGGUGUGUUUACAGCGCCUCCUGGAGAAUGUGUGGAGCUGCAUGGUGCUGGUGUUGGGGCAGGAUGAGCUGACCAGUGUCAGGAAUGUUGAGAGGCUGAAGAGGGACCUGCGGUCCUGCUUCAGCCUCAUUGAUCAGCUGUUGGAGGAGAAGCAAGAGGGCAUCCUGGGUAACCUGACCCACUGCGCUGACUCACUGCUGCCUCCGAGCCCCACUCUUGUUCAGGAGGCUGUGGAUGGCUUCGCUCAGGCUGCAGACAGUGAAUUUGGCUGCCUCAUGGUCCAUGGACGGAUAGCUGCAGCCACUGAGAAGUGGUGGCGCCUGGCACCACAGGAAGUUGUGCUGCUCUCUGCUUUGAUACGAUCCCUCUCUGCCUCUGGAUCAGCCUCUUGUGAUUACCCUGUUUUCCUUCCUCAGGGCAGCCCCACCGUGGCCCACCGCCUGCUCCGCUUCCAGCUGCUCCCUGGGGCAGAUGUGUGCGUGCUGUGCGGCCCAACCCCGUCACUGCACAGAGCUGAGAGUGGGUUAGUGGGUCGUUUUUGGACACCCCUGGUGGAGACCCUGAGGGACUGCCUGGCUGUCGGAGAGCGCUGCUUACCAGGAUCUGUAUCCCUGCGCCCUGAUGUGCUGGCACUUCUUCUCAUCAACCGUGAAACACGACGCUCAGUCUCCUGUGUACGGACUUCCACUAAUCACCCACUCAGUGACCUCCCUUUACCGUCCAAGGCCCGCUGCUGGGAGCUACUGAAGCUCUUCUACAUCUUCAGCACAACACGCUACUUCAACCAGGAGGAGACGUCCUCCGUCUCCCCAGAUGAGAGUGCUCAGAGAGGAAACACUGACGACUUUGUCCUUGGAUUCUCUCACCAGCCACUGCAGUGCUAUCUGGUUACAGAGGAGUGCAAGAGCUAUGGACUUCAGACGCCACAGCACCAGCUCUUCCUGCUCAUGCCACUGUCAGUGCCAACCUUUGUACUGCGUACGGUGGCCACACAGACUCUCUCUGAUAUAGUUGGAGCCACUGGGUUUUAAUUGAAGACUUUACUUUGUUACAAAAUGUAUGAAACCUACCAUCUUUGACCUUACAGGUGGAUAGAUAUUCACCUGUAAGGUCAUUUAGCUCAAAGACCUAAACAUCAGCCUCCCUCUUUCCAUCUUUUGUACAGACACUGGUGUGAGAUGCACAACAGAAAAGGAUAUCACUGUUGAUGGUCUCACUGGAUAUUUUUACUGGACUACUGCUUAAGAAUUCAACACUGGUGAAAAUAUGAAAACAACUGAAAGUGAACUUCUCUGAGCUUUGUUUUGCAUUCAAGAGAUAAGACACUGUUGCACUAUUGUGUCUAACUGCUCUGGCUUCAAGGCUGUCCCUGUCACAGUAAUAAAAACUGGUUAGACUUGAAUACUAACAGUAUCACUAGGAUUGCACUGUGUUUCAAAAUGUGUCAGAGAAUGACAGAGAAACGUGAAAAUGUUACACUGGGAUAAAUAAGUGCCUUUGACAUUUUGAAUCAUUUCACCUCAAAGAUUUUGUAGUUUUAAAUAUAGUUGGUUACUUUCUGA